GCCCACAAUGUCCAAGCUAUACAUUAGCUACAACCAAAUCCACGAGUCUAUCCGUGACGCCGUAGAACGCUACAAUAUCAAUAGCGACUUCAAGGCGGAUCUCAUGGUGACUAUCACUGGUGGUGGACUUGUGCCUAGCCGUAUCUUGCGUACGUUCUUGGACAAGCGCGAGAACCGCAACGUCCCCAUCCAGGCUAUUGGCUUGUCACUCUACGAAGAAAUCGAGCUUGCUCAAGCCAACGGUGAAAGUGGAGAAAACAUCCAGGUCGUCAAGACCCAGUGGCUGAACCCGGACGAGAUAUCAUUGCUCGGCCGUCGCAUUUUGCUCGUGGAUGAAGUCGACGAUACCCGUCAGACGCUGGCGUUUGCCGUUAAGGAGUUGUUGAAGGAAAUUGAGGCCGAAGAAGUCAGAAAGGGCCUGCAGCCCGGUGAGUCUAAUACCCAGCUUGGUGUGUUUGUCCUGCACAACAAGCUCAAGCCCAAGAAGCGCGACUUGCCUGAUGAAAUCAUGAACAACUACUUUGCUUGUGUGGAGAUGCCUGAUCAGUGGUUGGUCUAUCCUUGGGAUGCCGUUGAUAUUCAGGAACACACCAAGAAGGCCUCUAUCUAGAAAGCAAAAUAACACACAUCCUAAAUCAUGCCAUGCAUCUACAAUUCUCCUCCAGUUUCCCCCUAAUUAACCAUCUGUCUUUUGUAUAAUUCCGUUUGUAACACUUUCAUUUUUGCAUGCCUCUCACCCCUUGUCCCGCAUUCUUCAUAUUCUAGUUAGUAAUAAAAUUUACAUAGAGUCUCACCAAGUGUUGUUACACCAAAGGUCUGAUGUAUUUGGAAACAGCAGCCAGCGAAUCAGAAAAUAGGAUUAUGUAACCAAAUGAAGUACAAGGAUUAACCACAA